AUCUGUUUUCGAAACAUUUGGACAGAGCAAUUUAGGAUUAGACUUGAAAGCUCAGAAAUAGACCUCGGAAAUAAGUGAAAAGAACCCCUCAAUAUGACAAUGUACUGGAAGGUAUGUGCAGUAGUCGCGUUGACUUUAUUUGCACUUGUAUUUGCACAGCAGAGAAAAAAAGUGGGCGGCUGGAGUGAAGUUAAAGAAGAUUCUUCUGGUGUCCAGAAUGCUCUGAAAUUUGCACAAGAGGAAUUCAACAGAAACAGCAACGAUGGAUACAUCAUGAACAUCAAAAGAACUAUAAAAAUUAUGAGGCAGAUUGUUGCUGGCACAAAAUAUAGAAUGGAAGUUGAAGUUGCUAUGAGCUCCUGUAAAGAUUUUGAUACAGAACAAUGCCCAGAUGAGAUGCAUCAAACAAAGAUAUGCAAAUUUGAAGUUCUGAUUGUUCCCUGGCAAAAUGUGAAAGAGCUAUGGAACAGUUCAUGCAAAUAGAGAAGAUUGAUCCCUGCAAUUAAC